AUAUAUAGCGUUAGCUCGCAAGAAGCUGGCCUGGCCACCGGUGCACAGUACAGAGACACCCCGAGGGCUCUAGGUGGUCCUGGCAUUCACCACUGUCUGGGUGUGCUGCUUACAUGAACUGUACACCACUGUGUUCAGUCCCUCCCCCGCAAAGCUAGCAGCUGCUGCUACGAAGAAGAAGCAGAUGUGCCAGCUAGCUGGCUAGUUAGUUAGCUUAGCUGGUUAGCUGGGAGUGGGUGAGCAUCAGGACGCACCGGACAUCUCCAUCAAUCUGCACGUCCCGACCUGCCAAGAUAGCUCAUUUGUUAAUGUCACAAAGCCAGUCUCCAGACGCAUAAUCAGGAGAGAUGUAUCAGCUCCCAGUGAACAACCUUACAAGAAUCAGAAGAGCCAGGAAACAGGUGAAAAUAGCACUUGGAGACAUUGGACUGGAGUUCUGCAAGGAGGCAGCAGAGGAGUUCAAAGAGUUUUGCCCAAAUGAUCAGUUUGUAAAAGGAAGUCUCUGCCUUGAUAUCUGCACAUGGGAUCCAUCAUACUCUAAAACACAGGAAUAUCGAUCAAAGCCAUUUUGCUGCUCAGAGUGCCCAUUUUCUUCCAAAUACUACUCAGGCUACAAGAACCAUUUCCGUAAUGUACACAGGAAACUCUUUGACAGUAAAAUCCUGAUCAACUGUCCGUACUGUGCAUUCACUGCAAGCAAGAGAACUUUGGAGACGCACGUUAAAAUAUUCCACAUACCCAGGUCUGCACGGAACAAUUAUGGGGGCUCUCUGGGAACUGUGGUGGCAAAGGACAAUAAAGCCUAUCUCGAUAGAGCUAGACAGGGCAAUGGUGUGGAGAAGGCAAUGUACUUUUGCAAAAAAUGCACGUUCCGAGACACUCUCUAUAAUGUCGUGAGAAGGCACAUCUACCGAGAACAUUUUCAGCAUAUUGUCUCGCCAUAUCUCGGUAUGGUUUCUGAAUCCUCCGUCAAAAAUGGUGCUAAUUCUGUCAAUGGCAACAAUAUCCUCUGUAAAAGAUGCCAGUUUUCUACUCGGAGCUACGAGGCUUUGGUGCAGCAUGUCAUAGAGUACCACGAGCGCAUUGGUGCCCAAGUGACAACCAUGAUAGGACAUGCUAAUGUUAUUAUCUCCAGGCCUCAGCCCUUACCAGUCAUGUCUCAGAAAGCUCCUAUGAUUUCCAGGGGACAGACGCUCAGAAACGAACCAAUGGCACAGUCAGUAAUCGGUUAUUUAAAGCCAGUGGGCCCUGUUGUUAAAAAUCAGUCCUCGCUCACAGCCAGUCAGUUGCGCAUGAAGGUUCCUAGCAACAGCACUGUGCCUGAAAAUUCUGGUGUUAACACUGCCCAAACGCAGAAGUGGAAGAUAUGUACAGUUUGCAAUGAGCUUUUUCCUGAAAACCUUUAUAGCGCUCAUUUUGAGAGUGCACACAAGGCAAAAAAAGUGUGGGCACUGGCCAAGUACAUCAUGAAAAUCCACAAUUUCACCAGCAAGUGUUUGCUUUGCAACCGCUAUCUUCCCAGUGAUACACUGCUUAACCACAUGCUAAUCCAUGGCUUAACCUGUCCCCAGUGCCACUCUGCUUUUCACAAUGUUGAAAAAAUGAUGGAGCAUACAUCUCAGGCUCACCCUGAAGAGUUUGUUGGACCACCAGGUGCAUCACCUCUAACAUUUGACCUCACCAUUAAACAAGAUAAGUCCAGUAACGUUCAGCUCGCUGUUCUCACUUUUAACAUGAAGGAACCUGUCAAUGGUCAAGAUCAGGCUGCAUCUGCUCAGAAUAGCGUUUCACCUCUUCUCAAGCUUUCUGCUCCCAGAACGAUUCAGAAGAAAAGUGGUCCACUUGCUAAAAGUUUGCAUUCAGAAAUUCACAACAGUGAUGUGGGGAAGACUGUAUGUCCUCUGUGUUUCACCAUCCUCAAAGGUCCAAUCUCCGAUGCUUUGUCCAUGCAUCUUAGGGAGCGACAUCAAGUGCUCCAAACAAUGCAUCCUGUUGAAAAAAAGAUGACGUACAAGUGCAUUCACUGCUUAGGAGUGUACACCAGUAAUAUGGUAGCAUCAACAAUCACCCUGCAUCUUGUGCAGUGCAGGGCUGUAGGUAGGAACCAGACAAAUCAAGGCUUCAAGUCUGCUUUGACUCUCAACUCAUCCGGGGCUGGCAUUCUCAAGAGGCAACCACCAAUGCAGGCCACACCCAACUUCAAGAAGAUUAAAUUAGAAAAGGCGUCCGGUAAAAUUCCUGGCUCCACCAUUGCAAAUCAAGCCGAAUCCGAUGGCCUCGCCCUGGACCCUAGAAGCUAUGAGCACAAGACAUACGAAGCCAGGAAGGAUUUCCUGACUGCCUACUUCAACCGACGGCCAUACCUUUCUCCUCAGGAACAGGAGAAGCUGUCGGCAAGUCUGUGGUUGUGGAAAUCUGACAUUGCAUGUCACUUUGCAGCCAAGCGCAAGAUGUGUGAGGAACAUUGUGAGACAAGGAAGUUGUCAGUGCUGCUUGGUUUUGACAUGCAGGCUCUGAAGAAAGUUAAGCAUGACUUAAUUUUUGAGGAAACCAAGUUUGUCGGCCCCUCCACUGGCAGGCCCGGAGGCAUCAAGUCUGCUAUGCCAACCAAGCACCGAGCGAGACAAAACACUAACUCAAAACUCAACAUGUGCACAGAGAUUAUUUCCAUAGACUUGGACAGUGAACCAGAAACGGAGGAUAAACCUGCUGAGAAUGGAAAUAUCACAAACCAACAUGAAAAUGUAGAGUCCAUGGAGCCGGUGGACCUGACGGAUGAGACAAAACCUGCAGACAAGGAUGGUCCUUCUAAGGAGGAGGGCUCUUUGCAAGAUGGCAAAGCAAAUGCCUGGAUGACAUUCUGUUAGAUUCCUGCUAUUAGUGUGCCUUGGUUAAUUAACAUUUCAGUUCUAAAUGAGUGCAUAAAUUAAGGGAAGGAAAUAUAACUGACCUGUAUAAUUCCACAUCACAAAUAUUUGGUCAGACUGCACAGGUCUCUAAAACUCCAGAUGUUGACUUCCUAACCAAUAUUGGAAUGAAGGAAAAAAAAUGGAGCAUAAAAAUAUGGUGUAUGUAAGUAACAUUGUAUAUAUGUUAGCCAUUGUUGGUUAGUUUCUUCAUACAGUCCGUUAUUCACUGUUUUAACUGUCACAGCAUAUAUGAAAUGCUUAUACUUCCAUAUUUUUUUCUUCAACUGUGACAGAGACCUGUAUGAUAUUGUCAUUUCACAUCUAGGAAUUGUAGGAUAUGUUAAUUGAUUACGUACACGUUUUAAUAAAUAUGUUUGUUUAAUAAAAAGCAUUUUAUCGACAGCC